AUGUUUUAUUGCAGGCGGAUUGCGAACGGAUGUCAGGGAGGGACAUCCAGUCAGCUGGUGUCUGAAGAGCUGAAGGAUCCUGAGCCAGAGCAUGCUGUGGUGUCACCUGAGGCCUUACUGGACAGCUGCAGUGGGCCUGGCAGCCUGCCGCAGGAGGGCUGCAUUAUUAUUGUGGAUUCAGACAGCGAGGAAGAAGUUGAGCAUUUUGUGACCAAAAAGAAGCAGAAAGAGAACAUUAGCUACGUGGUGAUCGACUCAGACUCUGAGGACGAGUACGUCCGUGAUAACGUCCGAGCUCACGUAUGUGGAAUGAGCCGCAAAGAUGAGGUUCUGUGUACCACCAAGAAGCCUGCCGUCAGUGAGCCUCCAAUAGUUAUUUCUGAUGAUGAGAGUGAUUUUGAGGGCCCUCUGGUGAUAAUAGAUGACAAUGACCUGUGCCGUCAGGACCAAAGCUCCUCCAAUGACAGAAAGAUAGAGGUCUUCGAUGCCGCCCAGCUCAAUUCAUCUGCUGCUGUUGGUGAGCUGGACAGUGGGGAAAAUCUCUGCCCACUGCCAGGUGUUGCUGAGACUCAGGUGGAGAUUACAGAUAACAAGCCAACACCUGUGGUGAAACGACCAAGGAAAAUGAAGAAUAAAAUACAAAAACUAUGUGCGGUGCCCGCACCAAAAAGACGUGGACCUUCAAAGAGGUUUGCUUCUCAGAGUAAGCCCAAUGAAGCAAAAUGUGACAUAAGCCAUACUGGGGAUUCUGUGUGCAAAAUACCUGGAUGUUUCUUGUAUGACAUGGAAAAGGCAAAGGAGUAUUCUGGAAGGAAGUUCAAGAAAAAUAAGGACAGCCUGGUUCAGGAAAUGUACAGUCUGUUUAACAGAUCUGUCUUUGAUCAAAAGCUGCCAGAGAAGAUUGACAUUGGCUGGAAUAAGAAGAUGCUGAAAACUGCUGGCUUGUGCACCACCGGUGAGACCCAGUCCCCAAAGAAAGAGCGUUAUGCGACGAUCCAGAUUUCCGUAAAAGUCUGCGACUCUGCAGACCGCCUCCGAGAUACUUUGAUCCAUGAAAUAUGCCACGCGGCCUCCUGGCUGAUCAAUGGUGUCUCUGAUUCUCAUGGUGACUUGUGGAAGUUUUAUGCCAAAAAAUGUAACCUGGUGCACCCAGAGCUGCCCCUGGUCACCCGUUGCCACAACUACAAGAUCAACUACAAGAUUCAUUACGAAUGCAGUCAGUGUAAAGCCAGAGUCGGCCGCUACACCAAGUCAUUGAACCCUGACCGCAGUAUCUGUCCCAGGUGCAAGGGGACCCUGGUCAUGGUGCCACUAACUCGUAAGGAUGGGACCCCCAUUGUGCCCCAUGUGAGACCAUUUGCCAAAUAUGUGAAGGAGAAUUAUAGAUUGGUUAGGAAAUCCGCAGAAGGGCUGACCCAUGGUGAUGUGAUGAGACAGCUGAGCAAGGGUUUUGCCCUCAAGCGCAAGCUAAAUCCUUAAGGUUAUGAGAGUGCACUUGGGCGGGCCGAGUUCUCCACUGAUAAGAAGUUUGAGAAAACUUUAGUUUCUGCAAUGACUACUGGGAUUUAAGUGCGUUUUUAUAGCUUCAUACCAUUAGCAAUGACCGUUCUUAACUAAGGAUUCUGUUGCUCACCAUUCUGUGCCCUUGACAGUGCUCAGAAGCCCUUUGGGUCCGCCUUGGGUGUUGCUUACACCCUGUAAUUUUAAGACGUAGAACAAAAUAUCAUAAGAGAAACACAGUUUUAAGAUAAAGACCUAGAACAAGAUAACAGUAAGACAUAAGAUUAAGAUUUUUAAGAUUUUUAAGUUUUAGGAUUAAGACAUAGAAUAAGAUACAGUGAGAGAAGCGUCAUUUUAAGACCUAGAACAAAAUGCAAUGGGAGAAAUGCAUGUUCGAGAGUGGCAGGUUGAGAGGAGGACAAUGGCGCUGGGAAGUGAGCCAGGUUCAAAGGCGGCCCUCCAAACACCCCGGCUGCUGGCACGUGGGACCUGUUAGACCUACUUAGAAACAGGAGACAAAUGUGUUUCAUGAAUUCAGCUGUUGUUGAUGUGCAAUAAAGCUACGUAAGCCAGUGUAACUGUUUAUCAGAUAAAAUAAAUGUUUUCUGCAGUUCACUUGUUAA